AACAAACUCUGACAGGAGGUCUAUAAAAACUGCGUGUUCCCAAAGGUUCGUCCUAUUCGAAAGCCGCUGCCUCGUCCACAGCUUCUGAACCCUAAGAGGCCUCUCCUCUCCCAAACUACUAGUCACCAUGGCCUACCGAUUUCCAGCCCUCACCUCAGAACAGAAGAAGGAGCUCUCCGAAAUUGCACAGCGCAUUGUUGCCCAUGGGAAGGGGAUCCUGGCUGCAGAUGAGUCUGUAGGCACCAUGGGAAACCGCCUGCAAAGGAUCAAGGUGGAGAACACAGAGGAGAAUCGCCGACAGUUCCGAGAAAUCCUCUUCACUGUGGACACCUCCAUCAACCAGAGCAUCGGGGGUGUGAUCCUGUUCCAUGAGACCCUCUACCAGAAGGACAGCCAGGGAAAGCUGUUCAGAAACAUCCUCAAGGAAAAGGGGAUCGUGGUGGGAAUCAAGUUAGACCAGGGAGGUGCUCCCCUUGCAGGAACCAACAAAGAAACCACCAUUCAAGGACUUGAUGGCCUCUCUGAGCGCUGUGCUCAGUACAAGAGAGAUGGUGCUGACUUUGGGAAAUGGCGUGCUGUGCUGAGGAUUGACAACCAGUGUCCAUCCAGCCUUGCCAUCCAGGAAAAUGCCAACGCCUUGGCCCGCUACGCCAGCAUCUGUCAGCAGAAUGGGCUGGUACCCAUUGUUGAACCAGAGGUCAUUCCUGAUGGAGACCAUGACUUGGAACACUGCCAGUAUGUUACUGAGAAGGUCCUGGCUGCUGUCUACAAGGCCCUGAAUGACCAUCACGUAUACCUGGAGGGCACCCUGCUGAAGCCCAACAUGGUGACUGCUGGACACGCCUGCACCAAAAAGUAUACUCCAGAACAAGUGGCUAUGGCCACCGUCACAGCUCUCCACCGGACCGUUCCCGCAGCUGUUCCCGGCAUCUGUUUCUUGUCUGGUGGCAUGAGUGAGGAGGAUGCUACACUCAACCUCAAUGCUAUCAACCUUUGCCCUCUACCAAAGCCUUGGAAACUGAGUUUCUCCUAUGGACGGGCCCUGCAGGCCAGUGCACUGGCUGCCUGGGGUGGCAAGGCUGCCAACAAGAAGGCAACCCAGGAGGCUUUCAUGAAGCGGGCCGUGGCUAACUGCCAGGCAGCCCAAGGACAGUAUGUUCACACAGGCUCUUCUGGCACUGCUUCUACUCAGUCCCUCUUCACAGCCUGCUACACCUACUAGACCCCCAGGCCCACCAGCCGGCCUCCAGCUCUUCUGGGUGCCUUGGUGGGAGAGCUGAAAGAGAACAACUUUUCUACUGUCCCUGGAAAUUAGACAAAAUCAGAUCGGAACUACUGGAAACACAACACAUGCUAAAUUCUUAGACACAACA